GUCAGCUCUCACUGGGCAACGCGUUAAUUCCGCAGUUUGGAGCGACUGGCGCGUUUACAAAUCCGGUUUCUAUGUCAUCACACCCUCCGUCUCCGCACCUCGGCCCCCCGAGCCCUAUGCUGAGCCUAACACGUGCAACAACGCACGACAACACGGCGAGCAACGGUCACUCGGACGUGGAGAAGGCGCCGUACAAUCUAUCAAUAUCGGAGCCUACCGUCGUCAUUAGCGAGAAAAGCAGCACGGGUCUUCUGCGCCACGGCACGACGGGGAGCGUAUGCAUGGAUCGAGAGCAACGGAACGGGAACGGGAGUAGGUUGGAGGCGGCCGAGAGAGGUGUAAAAGGCAGACCAAGCACGAGUGCGGAGACUGCCCCACGAAUACCCAAGUCGUCAUACUAUAUCGGUCCACCAUCCUCUACCUCCGCGUAUGGCACACCUCCCACCGGUAAAAUCGGCGUACACUACCCGAGAGAAAUUCUUCGAGUAGAGAGGGACUAUUCAGGAGGAGAGAUAAUACAGUUUCACCCUGCAUACCCGUUGGAGCUUGAAGGCCGUAUCACCCACACCCAGUUUCAGGAAACAAUUAAUACCAUCAACGAGCGCCUCAUUUCAGCUCACAGCCUGUGGUGGAGCUUUUUUGAUAACACUAUUGCGAUCCUUACUCUAUACCUUUCUUGGCUAUGUUUUUCCACUCAUUAUGAUCGAGAAAUGUCCAAGCUACGAGGAACGAUAGAUCAACUAAACAGGGAUGUGUACAACCCUGCCGGUCUGAACAUUCUGUGGCCUCGAAGCGUCGCUUUCCUUUUUCUUGAGAUUGAAUACUAUUAACGCUCGUUAACGCCUGACAUCCUCGCUUCCACCUGCGAGUCGGAUACGAUACUAUACACCUCAGUUCUAAUUCACCCUUAUGGCUGUACCACACAAUACG